UGAGCAUUGCAUUUUGCAGGACACCUGAGCUCAGGACAACUCUAACUCAGUCUUCCGCAGAGCAGACCAUGCCCCCGAUGUCCACUUCCAACCUCUCUCUGAGCCUCGGCGAGAAUCAGAGCUGUCUCUUUCCCGAGGUGUGGGAAAGGGAUCUCCCGCCUGCCUCGGACCGAUCCCCCGCCGAGCUGGUGAUCCGCGGCGUGAUUCCGUCCCUCUACUUGCUCAUUAUCACGGUGGGCUUGCUGGGCAACAUCCUGCUGGUGAAGAUCUUCAUCACCAACAGCGCCAUGAGGAGCGUCCCCAAUAUCUUCAUCUCCAACCUGGCGGCAGGCGACUUGCUGCUGCUGCUCACCUGCGUCCCGGUGGACGCCUCACGCUACUUCUUCGACCAGUGGAUGUUCGGCAAGGUGGGCUGCAAAUUGAUCCCGGCCAUCCAACUCACCUCGGUGGGCGUGUCCGUGUUCACCCUCACUGCCCUCAGCGCGGACAGGUACAGAGCCAUCGUCAACCCCAUGGACAUUCAGACAUCGGGCAUGCUGCUGUGGACCAGUGUGAAAGCCGUGGGCAUCUGGGUGGUCUCGGUGUUGUUGGCAGUCCCCGAGGCUGUGUUCUCUGAAGUGGCACGCAUCGGUGGCUUGGAUAACAACAGCUUCACAGCGUGUAUUCCCUACCCUCAGACGGAUGAAUUACAUCCCAAGAUUCAUUCAGUACUCAUUUUCUUGGUCUAUUUUCUCAUACCACUUAGUAUUAUUAGUGUUUAUUAUUAUCACAUUGCAAAGACUUUAAUUAAAAGUGCACAUAAUCUUCCUGGAGAAUACAAUGAGCAUACCAAAAAGCAGAUGGAAACACGCAAACGCCUGGCUAAGAUUGUCCUGGUCUUUGUGGGAUGCUUUGUCUUCUGUUGGUUUCCAAAUCAUAUCCUCUACAUGUAUCGAUCUUUCAACUAUAAGGAGAUUGACCCAUCUUUGGGACACAUGAUUGUCACCUUAAUUGCUAGGGUUCUGAGUUUUUGCAACUCUUGUGUCAAUCCAUUUGCUCUUUAUCUACUCAGUGAAAGCUUUAGGAAGCAUUUCAACAGCCAGCUCCGUUGCGGGAGGAAGCCCUUUCCAGAAAGAUCAACCAGCUACCUACUCAGCUCUUCUGCGGUGCGCAUGACUUCUCUGAAAAGCAAUGCUAAGAACAUGGUGACCAGUUCUGAUUUAGUAAAUGGGCACACCACGAAGCAGGAAAUGACAUUGUGAGUUUGGAUGUUCAACUGACUACCUGCAAAGAACUUAG